AUGUCCACUUUCUCCACAAGAAAAGUGCCCGUUCCCACUUUUCUUCACCCACAGCACCUCUACCUCCUCUUCAAUAUCUGGUUUUGUGUUGCAGCAUGGCCACGUGGUGAGUAAGCAGCCUUUAUCUGUGUUUUAUUGGAAGAUUUCUCUCAACGUUGAAGCCUUUUUAGGCUAUGGUACAGCUUCUUUUCAAAAACAUUGUUCGCCUUCAGCGAUAAAUAAGCUUGCUGACUUAUUUGCUGACUAACCAUGGAGCUAUUUUAUGACGAUGAGUCACUCCUGCUGCUGAAACGUGUCUCUUCCCCUGCUACAGACCCUAUGAGCUGCACUGUAAAACCAUUUUCUGUGUUGCUUGUUUAUGGCCAGUUACCGUGGUAACAAAUGUAAAUAUUGGGCUAAUUAGUUGGGGUUGAAGAUGCGUUGAACCCGCAUGUUUCAGCAGACAAAUUACAGAGAGUAGAGUUCAAACCUCUUUUAUGUAAGCAAACUUCAACCUGCUGCAUUUAUCGACACUCCUGUAUUUUUGAGGAAUCAUGCUGUCAGAUAUAUGAACAUGCAUCUUUGUGACUUGACAACUACCUCCACAGGGGUUAAGGAAAAAGUGAGCAUCUUGGGCGGGAUAAUUGGACACAUCUGAGUCUGUCUCUGGAUCCAAAGCUGCUCAAACAAUGUCAGUGUUAAAAGCUUACAAUGUUUCCAAGAAAAGUGAUAUCCAUCUUGACUUUGUUAGAUCAAACUGCAACAAAACCUGAUCAAAUACUAAGUGGACAUCGCCAAAUAAUACUGAUUUCCAAUUCAGAAAUGGAUUUGUGGACCCUGAUCGAGCAUUUUUGUCUCCAUAUCUUGAUUCACUUUUGUGUUUUCCUUUGUUUUUGAGGCGUUAGCAACCACAUUAUGGGACAAAAGGAGAAAAUUUACAAAGCCACACACCCAAAAGCUGACCUGCGUUACGUGUCAAGAGUCUAUUUACUCCAAAAUAAACAGAGUUUCAAUGUUCAAAAAGAAAAAAAAACAAUAAAAAAUCACAUGAAACAUGAUGAAUUCAAGAAGUUUUAUGGCGCUUAAAUAGAAAAUAUCAACAUUAUGAGAUUAAAAAUAGUAAAUUGAAUAAACUUGUAAAUGUAUGAAUAAAGUUGCAUUAUAACAAAAAUUAAGUCAUUUAUUUAUGAGAAAGGAGUCAUAGAUGGUCCAUGGCUCGCCAGAGGUGCAGCAAGAGCUAAAAUCAGGAGCCUGAGGCACCAAUCGUUCAGAAGAGGUUCCUUAGAUAUCUAAAUAUCCAAUCUUUUUGCACAUCAGCACCAUCUGUGUCAGGAUUCUGAACUGGAUCGUGAAAGACACUGAGUCUGAUAUGAAGCUGAAGAAGGCCUAUAAUCAGCCUGUGCAUGCUUCUGUAACCGCUGUUUGUCCCCAAGUGUUGAGCUCAACUCUACAAGCUGAUCCAUAUUCCUCAUUGUCAUGCUGACAGCUGGCUGCCCUUCAGCUCUCACCAUGUGUUGUUUUAGCCUACGUUUAGAUUACCUGUGGCCUGUAUCAAAAACUACAGCUUCACUCUUAUAAAAUGUUAACUUUAAUCUCAAAAUCCUAACUUUCUUUUCUUCCUUUAUGUGGCCAUGAUCCUCUAUCCUGAUGUGAGGAAAUAUAUGUGUGUAUUGGUCGCAGAACCCAGAGGUUUCUGUUUACACAUUUUAAUUUGAACCGUCUAACCUUUUGUUCUGGUUUCCCUCUGAUAGGUGAUAACUGCCCGAGCCCUCAGUGGAACGUCAUGUGUCGUCCGUGUUGUGAGUACUACCUGAUCCAGUGUCGGUGUCCCUCUAAGGGGUCAAAGGUGGGCUACACUGUUCCCUGCUGUCGCAACGCCCUGGAUCAGUGUGACCCCUGCAUCAUUCACCCAGGUGAACUCUCAAAGCUCAAAGAGACUUUCUAAGAAGAACCUGUUAGUUGGACUGCUUCUCAGCACAUAGUUCUUCCUUUGAGACAUAAACAAACAAAAUCUGGAGAAAAACUCUUGUGAAGAACUUCUGUCCAGCAUAUAAGAUUCAAAAAUAAAAGUUUGUGUUUGCAGCAUGGUGUUUACAGCCUCUUCUGACUCCUACCCUGACAGACAACUACAAAGAACCAUUACAGUGUCAUACCUGCAGGCUGACCUUCACAUAAGUCUCAGAUUAUCUGUCUUUGUGUUUGCCAGGUUGCAGUUUGUUUGAGAACUGUAAAACCUGCAACAAUGGGACAUGGAGAGCCAAUGACGACUUCUUUGUCAAUGGAAAGUUUUGCACACAGUGUCGCCAAGGCUGGAGCGGAGGCGACUGCAGAAGUGAGUUGGAUUGCAUCAAUAAGGUAGAAUUCUGAAAUUCUGAAUCACAAAGAUGACCUUAAAAAUGAUGGAUGACAUUCAUGACUUUUAAAAGUACUUGCGUAUAUUUCUGUUUGUAGACAAUGACUUAUCCACUCACUUUUUUAGCCCAUUCAUCUCCAACAUGCAUCAUCCUUCCUCUUCUCUUAAACCUCCUCAGAUCACUGAAAACAAAAAGAAUAUUUAAAUAGCUUUCCCUGCUACAAAGCAAACAAACAAGCCAUUUUAUAAAAAAGUAGUGCCUUUUAUUUGUUUUAUUCUAUUUCAUUUUGCUUUUAUAUUAUUUGUUCAUAGGUUUAAUCAUUAAAUAUAAACUUUACAGCAAAAAUGUAUCACUGCAUAGCUUAUUUGUACAUUGUGAUCUGUGUUUGUCUUUCUUUUGUCUCUAUUUAAUUGGAAUGCUGUUUGUCUUCAAUCAGUCAGACUUUAUAAAGUACUUUCCAUACAACAAUGCAAUGCAAAGCGCUGUACAUAAAAUAUACAUAAAUAAAAACACCAUCACGAGGGCUUAAUGAGGAAACACUGGAGUUAAAAUAAAAUGUUUAAUGUUAGACAGGAGAGUCAAAAGAUCAGAACAUUAAAACGGAAUUAAAUUACAGCAUUAAAAAGUAUAAGAUUAUAUAAUAUAUGGUGAAAGAAUAAAUUAAACAAUUAAAAAUAAAAUAAAAUAGAAUCAAUCAUUUGUCAGUAAAAUGAAUACAUUUAGUUAAAAGUGUGAGUCUUUGUUCCAAAAUGACUGCUAUCUGAAGACCUAAGGGCUCUUACUGGCUCACAUGGUGUAAGCAAAUCUGAUAAAUAAGUUGGUGUGAGAUCAAUUACAGCUUUAAAAUAACAUUAAAAGAACCUUCAAAUCAUAUUUUAAAGAUACUGGAAGCCAACGCAGAGACGUGAAAAUGGCUGUAAUGUGGACUGUGUUUCUGGUCCUCAUCAUCAUCCCUGCAGCUGAGUCUUGAAUGUCACAAGUUUGUCACUCUAAUUUCUCGAUUAGCAAAAAGGGUUUUUAAAGGUUGUUCAGAUUGCUUUGAACACAAAUAUUUUUGGUGGUCUCUUUUAUCAGGACAAUUUCCUAAGGCCUUGAAAACUGCAGUGAUCAAACCUCUUUUAAAAAAAACUAAUCUGGAGGCUUCAGUACGACGUAACUACAGACCCACAUCAAAACUUUUCUGUCAAAGAUCAUUGAGAAAGUUGUUUUUCAACAAAUUCAUUGUUUCUAGACCCAAAACAAACUCUUUAAUGCUUUCCAGUCUGGUUUUCGACCACACCACAGCACCAAAACUGCACUUAUAAAGGUGUUUAAUGACAUACGCCUUAAUAGUGAUGCAUCAAAAACUUCAGUAUUGGUACUUCUGGAUCUUGACACAGUUGACCACAUCAUGUUGCUUGUCAGACUGGAGAAGUGGAUCGGACAGAACUAAAUUGGCUCAAUUCCUAUUUAGAACAUUGUGACUUAUUUGUUUCGCUAGGUAGUUGUGAAUCUCAUCAAAUAAAUCUGACAUGUGGGGUCCCCCAGGGCUCCAUCCUCGGUCCACUUUUGUUCAAUAUUUACAAAAUAUAUGCUCCCACUGGCGCAGAUCAUGGAGUAUCAUAACAUCUCAUACCACUCAUACGCUGAUGAUACACAACUCUACAUUACAGUGUCACCAUAUAACUAAAGUCCAUUACAGUCACUGAUUGAAUGUAUCCAACAAGUCAAUCAGUGGAUGGGCCAGAACUUUCUCCAGCUCAAUGCAGAAAAGACAGAAGCUUGAAGUCAGUGGCCAACUUCAUUCAGUGACACUAAAAACCACUGACCAAACCAGAAACUUGGGUGUAGUUAUGGACUAAAACCUGACUUUUAAAAGCCACAUAAAGACUAUCACUAAAUCAGCCUAUUAUCAUUCCCAAAACAUUGCAUGAAUUAAAGGAUUUCUGUCUAAACAAGACAUGGAAAAAAUGUUCAUGUAUUCAUUCUUAGUAGGUUAGAUUAUUGCAAUGGUGUGGGUCCUGACCAACAGUAGGAAAAUGGACCAUAUCACACCUGUCCAUAAGUCCCUGCACUGGCUCCCUGUGAGUCAAAGGAUAGAGUUUAAAAUCCUGUUACUGGUCUACAAUCACUGAAUGGUCUUAGGCCUAAGCACACGUCAGAGCUGCUGGUUGGGUAUGAAGCAUCUCUGAAGCAAACUUGCCUUGUUUAUUUAUAAUACCCCUUAUGAACACUUGGGGGCGACAGUGCUUCUCUUGUUCAGGUAUAACCAAGCUUCCCUAUACAGCUCUUUUACAGCUUAACAUUAAAAUACUGAUGAGGAUUCCUUCCUUCCCUCGUUUGAAAACAUGAAGAUCAGUAAAUUGCUGCAGCAGCAUCUUUACCCUUUUAAUUUAAAUCCAUGCUAUGGCUCAAGGUUACAUCAUGCAAUCAACAGAGACAAGUAAACAAAGUUUGCUUGCGUGUUGCUCAUUCUCCCGAUUGCUCUCCAUCCAUUAUUUUUUUAUGGCCCUGGGGAAAUUACAACAUGGAUUUCAGUCUGUCAUGUACUGUCAGUUUGAUGCACACAAGGGAAGGCGAGAAGCUGUUGCUCAGACUGUGUUAUCCUCCACUGUAUGGGUCCAAGUGGCCCUGAAUUCCAACAAAAUUGGCAGCAUGGUUUUUAAUGAAGGCUUUGCUGAUGCACUGGUAUGUGCAAAGAGAGAGGUUAAAAAUCAAUCGUUAGAUUUUCUAUAAAUGUUACUUUUAAUUUCUCUCAAGAACAAACUUGACAACAUAAGUACCAGCACGGACUUUAUAAACAAGGUCAUCGCAACUGUGGUUGCAUAUUAAUUCCUCAUAUUGACCCACACACCCUCUUAACAUUUUACAUAACUGGUCUACAACUUUGUGAAACUCACUUUUGAUGGGUAUGUGGGUAUUUCAAGUUCAUGUACUUACUUUUCACUUUUGUGAGCAGCAUGUGGAGGAGUCAUUCAGCGAACUCAGGGUCUCAUCGCUCUGGAGAGUUACCCAACAAACGCCCGUUGUGAGUGGAUAGUGCAGGUGGACAAGGGCAGCGUCAUUGAGAUGAGGUUGGUCACUUUUUACCCACUUUUACACAUGCAGAACAAAACUUUUCCUGCAGGAAAAAAGUAUUUUUUUUUAUGUGGAAAGACAAAAAAUAACUUUAAUAAUUUCAACCUUGCUGAAAAGUUUGAAAAGCAAUCUAAAGAUUCUGUUGUUGGGACUUAAAAAACAGCUUCAGGCCUCAGUAAAGGCAAGGUUGAUCUAAGCUUACUCAGAAAUGGGGCCACGAUGGACUGAUAUAAAGAACAACUUCUCAGAGGCAUAUUGAGACAAACAUACAGGAUUUAAAGGUAGACGGCAAACAAAUCUGGCUGCAUUAACCUGACACAGACAGACCUGUGAGAGGUUUUAUCCUGUGCAGUUAACUCAGAGUGCUGCAAAUUGAAACAGACCAACCUGAAGUGUGUCUUCAGUCUGAAUGCUUCCUUAGAUGGUAAAAGCAAACAGUUAUGAAGGGGUUUGCACCUUAAAUGUAGGCUUUCAUGAAAAUACUAAUCUCUACAUGCUUAUUUUGCCUCAGUAAUAAAAGGUUUGGGUGUCUUGUCUCCUUUGGGAAUGAACAGGAAGGUGUUCAGAAGGCCAGUGGACUCCUGUGUAUGAUCUUUAAAAAAAGGAUUAAAUUACGAUCAAACACCUGAAUAUUGUCCUGUCCCCUAGGUAAAGAUUUCAGCUACCACUUCUUAAGUUGUACUGGCAAGAUAAGUUAUGUGCAGUGAAAGUCAGAGCCUGCUUUGGUAUUCCCAUCUCACCACGAUAUUGCUUUUACACUUACAAAAAAAAAAGGUAAAAAAAUGUACAAAGAGUAGCUGAAUAUGAAGGAAUCCGACCAAAGUCAGAAUGUUCACUGUGAGAACCAUCAUCAUCUCAACAGGUACUUCUCAGCCGGCGCUGAGGUGAAAGCUGAGUGUGUAGACGCUCCUGCAUGAGCCCACAUAAUUGGACUUGGAGUUGUUAUUUGCACAGUUCUGCACCUUGGAGACUGAUGUUAAGCCUUUUGAAUUGGAUUGAAAUAUCAGUUAAACAUAACCUCUCUCUGGCUGUGCUGCAGGUUCACAAAGCUCAGUCUGGAGUCUGACCACAACUGUCGUUAUGACUACGUCGAGGUACGUGAUGGAGACGACCUGAACUCUCCUGUGAUUGGCCGCUUUUGUGGGGAUCGGCUGCCUCCUCAGAUGGAAAGUUCUGGAGACCGUUUGCACAUCCUGUUCUCCUCAGAUGGAUACAACAACUUUGACGGCUUUGUUCUAACUUUUCAGGAGAGUUCAGGCAGGUAUACAAUGGCUGUGAAUAACGUGGAUGCUGCUGACAUGUUUAAGUCUAACUGUAGAUACAAGAACAACAAAAUAACAUACGGAGACUCAACUUUAUAUUGCAGUAAAUACUCUGAAUAUGCCACUUAUUUUGAAAUAUUGAAACCCCGUGUUUAAUAAGAAAAAUAUGCCAAAGAAAACAAGUGAAAUGUCAAAACUGUGCAAUGUUAUUGUGUUGUGCAAAAUAUACACUCAUACAACAUUUGAUACCAGCAACAGGUUUCAAACAGUGACACUGGGAAGGUUUGCAAUGCCAAAAAUAAGAAACAUGAAGGAAUACCAACUAUUUUGAUCAAUUUGUGCAGAAUGGCUGUUUUUAGGCAUGAAAAAUAGAAAUUACUCUGUAGUCCAAUUCAUUGUAUCGGCUCAGAAAUGUUUAAAAACUCUACACCUCAUUGCUGCAUCCAUCAGUGCAGAUGAAACCCGUACCAUGCGCUCUAGAAACCAGAUCUAAACAUAAUCCAGAACAGCCACAACCCUGUGGGAAUCAAACCUGUUAGAGCUUUAGAUGUAUUUCAUGUUCUAAAUCCUUAAUUUUUAUUUAAACUGGACAAUAUUGCAAUUUAAUGUGUCUCUCAUCUGGUCAAUACAAUCAGAUAAUUCAUUAUAUAAGGUUUCUUUUCUUAAAGAAUUCAUACAUACAGAUAAAUGAUUUACAUAAUCUUAUUCACUUUAUACUGUAGGUAUAAUAUUCAGCUACGUAAUCAUGAAUACCAGAUAAAAAUGAUAUCCCCCUCGCAUACAGCGCCUCUCUUUGUUGGGUGCACUGCAUUUGCUCCUGGGCCUUUCACUUUCAUUCUGCUGUGUGUGUGUGUGUGUGUGUGUGUGUGUGUGUGUGUGUGUGUGUGUGUGUGUGUGUGUGUGUGUGUGUGUGUGUGUGUGUGUGUGUGUGUGUGUGUGUGUGCAGCCGUCUACACAGGCCAGUGAAGUGAGACCGACAGAUUUAUCAUACUCAUCCCUCUCCAUUUGCCCUCUUUGAAGCAAAUCAUGCAUCUAACUUGCAUCCCAUUUAUCUCCCCUUUUCCCUUCUGGACAUGAACUCUGGAUAGCUCAUCUAAACAACAUAGAAGGAUCAUAGUGGUGCAAAUGGAAAGAGACUGGAGGCAACAUAGUGGUCUGGAUGGAAAGAGCCUCAGAGCUCCCGUGAGCUUUAUUUCUGUGAUGUUUCUUCAAAAAAGUGUUUUCUGUCGGAGAAAAAUAAUCCAUGUGAAGUAAGAUUUUCAAAACCAAACAAGGUGGUGGAUGUGGAGAGCAAUUUAAGAUGUCUUUUUCUGUCCUCCAUUAAUUACACACCCAAGUGGUUAUUUCUGAGUCCUGACAGGGUCCUAAGGCCAUUACUAUAUUAGCUUUAUAUGCAAAUGAUUUUAAAGCUGCUGGCUUACGAUCGUGUCUUUCUUUAUGCAGAUGAUUCUACAGUGUCAGAGUUGAGUCAGUGCAGAGGCCGGGAAGCUAUAGAAAACAAAUUACCCAGCAGGUGUCUCUAUUAGAUUCAAUUGAUGCAUUUUAUUGGUUGGAAUCAAGCAGCAACCUGCAGGCUGCAAAAAUGAGGCCAGUACAGGUGUUAAAUCUGCACUCGUUUGAAUGCGCUUGAAUGCUAAGGCUGGCUCCAAAACCAGCAAAAACCACAUACACAACCAUUCAAAUAAGCUUUAGAGGAUAAUUUAACAUCAUCUUGAAUGUACCAGCUAAACCUAAACCUGACAGCAACUCAAAAACUUGUACUUAAAGAUGCUCUCUCCACAUUCAGCUCUCAGCCAGCUGUGCGCAUAGACGCAUGAUGUGGAGCUCGCUGCAGUGCACUGAUGAAAAUCAGGUUAUUGCUCCCGCCCUGCCUGACUGUAGUUGAAAAGAUGUGUCAAUUUUGUUGAGCAGCAGUUGGCUGACGAGCUGUGGAGGCUAUUUUUUGACUUUACUGAACUAAAUCUGAGAAAGUUUUCCUGAGGUCAGUCAUAAGCAGCCUACAAUGUGGUAUGAGCUCCCACAUGCAUCGAGCAUUCUCCUCAAACAUCUGUCAAAACUGUGCCAAUUGGCAAGCCCUGAUUCAGCAUCCUAAUAUUUAAAGCCAAGCCAACAAAUUUCUCUCCGAAGUGCACACAGCACUGCUGCUGAUGUUUCCACUGUAUCUGCAAUCAGAUGCAAGAAAUAAACUGAAUAAAAUAGUUUGCAAAACCUUGCAAAAGUUUCUCAGGGUGAACUGUAAAAAAGGACCUGUUGUACUCAUUUUGCCUCAUAUUGUGUCAGUCUAAGACAUCUGUAGAUUAACUUUGCAUGAUUUUCAGCUCAGAAAACUCCUAAUUUAACCUCUGCCUACAGCACCAAGAUCUGGCUGCUUUUCCACCGAUGUUGGUACUGUAGCUAGGACCCUGUAUGUGCUGUUGAUGAAGUUAGGUGCUGUUCUGAGCAUUAUUUGUGGCUAUAGAGUGGCUUUUUGGUUGAGGUGUGCGCGUUGGCUCCUUAGACCACUGUGUAUUGCUAUCGUGUUACUAAAGUUGGUAUAACUAGAGGAGCAAGCGGUCGGCAUCAUUCAUCUCUAGGGGGGGUGUCUAACUCGGUGUUACGGUGUGUUUGACCCUAAAUUAAUUUUAUAUAUCCCUUUAAGCUUUGUGAGUGUUACUUUUUACAAAGCUUUGUAUUCAUGAAACAACCUAACAAUAGUGCUGUUACAGAAUUAAUCUGAGUCUAGCUGUGAACACUGAUUUAGCUUCCAAUUUAGCCAUGUUAGCAUACGUUAGCUGCUGUGUUCACUGUUCACUCGACAUUUACUGUAUUUUCAUUUAAAGAUUCAUAGUAAAGCCUCUUUCUUGACAUGGCAUCAAAAACUACAACUAAAAGAUAUGUUUCAGUCAAAAAUAAGUUUACCAUCCCAAGUCAAAAUGUUCACCAAUUUCAAGUAAAGCCAAAAGUUGUUGGAGAUAAAGUUUAGACAGUCUCCAGGAUUUUUUGGUGCAGACAGGCACGACUUCAGCCAAAACACUGAUAAUUAGUCAAUGAGUUUAAUGAGCUCCCAUGUGCAGCUUUAGAACAUCAAACCAAGUUAUAUAUUUUUAUACACCACAGAAAUUUUAAGCAGUAAGACAUAUCAAAAACAACUGAGGAGCGAAAGAAAUUUGAAAACUUUCUCUUUAGUUUUGCCCCACUUUGUGACCUCCAUAUAUGGUCGAAGUGUGAAACAUUCUGUAUAUUAAGCUGCUGGUUCAGUGAGAUGUUUUCUGUAAGUCAUAACCAGGAAUUUCUCCAACAGCUUCAGACAUCAAGAAACCGUUGUGUCUACCUCCAGAGAGACCCCUGAAUGGAUAUUUGCUGCCUAUCUAUAGCCUUAAGGAGCAGCUUGUAUCAGUAAACUACCGCUGUCAUUCAACUUUCACACUGAUCGGCUCCCAGCAGAGGACCUGUCUGCCCAACGGCACAUGGAGCGGCACAGCUCCGGCAUGUGUGAAAGGUAUCUUUCUGGUGGAUUUUCUCUGGUGUUUGCACACUAUCAAAGCCAGGUAGUACAGUGUAUGAAGGAGUUUGUUUCCUCUCUUCUCUCAAACACUUACUCAUACAGGCCAAAUGAGCAGAACCCGCUGUCCCCCGCCACCUAAAGUGCUGAACGGCUACCACAGAUCUGCUUCUGACACAGCUGAGGGUGCAGAAACUAUAGAGUUCUUCUGCAAAAAGUCCUUCAUGCUUAGUGGAAACCACCAGAGUUUUUGCCACUCUAAUGGAUCCUGGAGCAGCAGGCCGCCUAAGUGUGUCAAAGGUACUUUUUUCCAAAUAUAUUAAGGCUGGGAACACCCUGAUACACAGAGUGGACAGUUUUUUUAUCACUGGGAUGAUAAAAAUGUUUCCAACAUUCAGUCUUGAAGAGGGACUUCAUUUUUUUGAGCUAGGGUUGGUGUGGGGUACUUGUCACUUGUAAGUGUAAUGUAUCACCCACAGUCAGCUCAGGCCCUCUUUCAAACUUUCAUUCAGCUCUUCUUAUUUCCUGACUGAACUUCUGAAAAUUAAAGAAAGCCAAAGAAAAAAAAAGAGAAAGUUGGUACAGUAGAGAACUUGUGAUUGAUGCAGUCUACAGUUUUAUGUGAGCAGCUGGUAUCCUCUGAUUUGGUCCCACUCAUGACAGCAGCAGCUCCCCAGCUUGUAGUUAAUGCACCUGCACCACCAGGUAACCUUGGAUCUCCUCUGCUCUACAGUUUGCAGAAAGUUUCUCGCCUCUGUUCUGCAGGCCAUUAAGUCUCGCCCUUCCUUCGUAAACUCCAGCUCAUAAAGGACUCCUCUAGUUUACAUGGUAAACCGUAUCAGUUCAGCUGUUAGUUUAUUUGAUUGUGCUUCAGUUUGUCUUUUUUUAAGUCUGCAAGAUUGUAUGUAUCUUAUCUGCAAAAAGUGCAAAGGUAAAUUUUCUUCAACAGCAAAGUAAAGCACUGAAUACAGUCUAGAUAUGGUGCAUACUUACAUCAACAUGAGUGUUGGUGUUGGAGUUUCUUAGAAUCGGUUCUACUACAUGAUAGAGUUGAUCCUCUCUGCAGUAUCUGACAGUCUGGCUCCCAUCAAAGUUCUCGAGCUGCUUUCUCAUCAAAGAGGCUGAGUCAAGCAGCAUCCCAUGUGGCUAAUACACUUACUACUGGCAAGUACCUCACACAGUACCACUUCAAAAAGCUAAAUUUCUAUCUGAUAUGAACAAAAGCAAAAGAGAAAAAAGUAAGAAUUUCACCACUUAGAUGAUCGUGACAUUACAGUGAAGAAAGCUCUUUGGUAAGGUGGUCCUAAAAUGGAUUUGACUGCUUUUUAAAAUGCUACUUUGACCUGAUUUUUUACACGGACAAUAAUACAGAUACUUUUUUAUUUGAAUUUAAAAGCUUCAUCUCUCUGGAGGCUUAAACUGUUGUUUUCAUGCACUUAAAGUCUCCUUCUUUUUAGCCCCUACAUUGUGUCGGGAGCCCAAAGUGUCUGAACUUGUGCGACAGACUGUUGUGAAGCCACGUCAGAUAUCCAGGUAGCCACAUGAACUCACUGAUAAACUGCUUAUGUUGGAAAUGAACAAAUCUACAUUGAUAGCUCCGCCUCUCCUCCAGGUACAACAUGGACGACUUGUUAUCAGCUGGUUUUAUUCCACUGAAAUUCGAUAAACACUUAAAUGAAGAAGACACCCCCUCAGUGGACGUGCCUCGUGGAUUCCACCCAGUCUACACCAGCAUUGAGUACAAGUGUGCCUCCACGCUCUACCGACACACAGGAAGCUCCAGACGCACCUGUCUGAAGACCGGCAGGUGGAGUGGACGCCAUGUUUCCUGUGCACCAGGUAAGACCAGCAGCAGUAACAUGUGUUUAACAUGUGCUCGCCUGAAUAUCAAAAAAACAACAAACAUGUGAGUCCUUCUUAAAAGGCUGAUUUUGGCGCCCCCUGUGGACAACAGAAUACCUGUCUGAAACAGGAUGAAAACUCUUGCACGUGUGUGUAAUGUGACUCUUUGCAGAGGAAGAUGCUAACUUGGUCUUUUUCUGCAGCCUGAUGCUAAUCUCCUCAUUUGACACUGUGAGAUAACACACAUUAAGAGCACUUACAGAAAAGUAACCCAUCUUCUUCCUAAUGGGCUGGUUCACUUCUGUCAUUAUAAUAAAGGGAUCUCAAUUAACUUCAUCCUUUUUCAUUAUCAGAUAAAAACUUCUUGCAGGACCUUUAAGGCCAAAAAAAAGAGGGCCCUAGUAACAACCAUGUUAAACGACUGUUGGUCUCUGUAACUUAGUUUGUUUCUCUCACACACUAUGCAGAGGGCAAAUCUAGUUUUUAACUCACUGGUUUUGAAGAUAUUAAAGCUAAACGCCAUGCACAGAUUUGCAUGAUGACCGAUAGGCUUGUUGACUCACAGGUAUGCUGAUGUAGACCCACCUCAGCUCCACCACAUUCUCUGUUUAAGCAGCAUUUCCAACAUGAUGACCACCAUCAUUUGGCUUCAGAAACCAAUUACUGAGCCAGCUGACCUCAUAUUAAAAAUUCACUUGUUUUGUUUGUCAUGAAACAGAAUUCACAGAUAUUUCGCAUGAUGUUCUUUAGUAUGCAGCACACAACAUUUGAAUGUGGUGUGUACUACAGUCAGAUCUGUUUAACACUAAAUGCAUGCAGGCCGAGAAUGUGUCAGAAGUCAUCACAGUUGUUUACAAAAAUGCCGCUGCUGCUCUUGAACCUGACCCGUAUUUAAAAAAAAAAUGUUGUGAUCAGCCCGACCGAUCAGGUCAGAAUCAGUUCAGAUCAAAUGUUUUUUGGAACAACAGCGGGCACCAGAGGCAUCUGUCAGAGAAAGUUAGACACGCGCUCACAGAUGUGCCGGCUACCUUCAAAGUGCAUAAACUUGUGGCCGCUAUUACUUUUAAGAAACAGGAAUUACAAUUAUUCUCUUUAUUUAGGAGGGUUUGGUGGUGAGACUGUUACACUUUUACACCUGCAUGAUGGAUAUAAAACUAUAUCUGCUCAUCAUAAAGCGCUGAAACGUUAAAAAAACUGCUGAUGCACCUCUGUUUAAAUUCAACUUUCUUAUCUGAAUCUCUACAACAAGGCAACAUAGAAAUCUUAGUUUUGUUGAGUCUGUUUUAGUGUCACAAUUCAGCCCUGUAGCUUAAAUAAGCAGAGUGAUGAUAGAAGAUAGAAGUUGGUGUAAAAAAAGUGACACUUUUCUCCUCUUUGACCCCCUCCCUGUAGUUUGUGGCAAAGUCAACACGUCCCCUGCACACAACCUCACCACACACACCCCGUGGCCGUGGCAUGCAGCCAUCUAUAUCCGCUCACCUCCUGAUCACAUUUCCAGCACCCACAGGCCCCGUGGAAUACCCAUGUCCAUCCAGCAGGGGGCCUCAGAGGAGUCCACAUUCUGGUCUCUGGCCUGCAGCGGGGCGCUGCUUACACAGCGGAGCGUCCUGGUGGCAGCUCAGUGUGUGGUCGACAAGGACAAGCUGCAGACCCUUCACCCGGCACAUGUGAAGGUUGUCGUGGGCUUGCAGCUGCAGGGGUCCUCCAACCGUUUGAAGGGCCUUCACCACCUCAGGGUAAACAUAAAAAGAAAGUGGACCAACUAUCAGAUGUUUCAUAUCAGUUGAAAAAAGGGUGAUGAUCUGAAAAGUAGAAAUGCAUGAGUCAUUUUGAUUUUCUCUUCAUUCGCGCACAAAACAUCCUUCUCAGCUCAGGUUUAAAACUGGACUCAGCUUCAGUGUAAAGGCGUAAUGUAUUGAAAGAAAACUAGUUACAUGCAUAUCAUAUACAUUUCAAAAAAGGAAAUUAGUCAUUUUAAUAGCAGAUUAACAAUGUUUUACAGGCAUAAAUGAAAAUCCAACCACAUUCAUUCCUUUUUUAACCCAAAAACCUCAAUAACGUCUGACCUGAAAGUCCCCCAUGACUGCAACCCACCAAAGAACAGAUGCAGUGAUAAAGUAUUAAGCAGAAUCUUUAUGAAAUAAAUAUAAUCUUCAGGAUUGGUCUUUGUUUGUAAGUGGUAAGGGGAAGAAAUCCUUUUGGCACCAAGCUGUACACUUAAAGAUUUACCAGGAUACAACUUAAUUUGAUUUGGAUUGGAAAUAUUUGCGCAUCUUGACGCAUAUUAUCUAGUCUCCACAGACACUCUAAAAACAAAAGAAACUUGGCUGAUUCAUACGGGAACCAGGCUUGUAGGUACUCUCACAUCCAAUUUUCAGCUAUUUUCUCUCUUUCUGUCCCAACAGGUUUCAGACAUUUUAGUCCAUCCAAAUUCUGCCUCUGACGUGGCUGUGCUGAAACUAAAAGACAAGGCCAGGAUCAGCGAGCGUGUGCUGCCAGUUUGUCUGCCCAAAGUUCAAGCAGGGGAGGUGAUGGUACGGGAGGCUUACACAACGAGGUGGAUUUUGCCAAACAAUCACGCACACCUGACCCGCUACACCCCCAAGAGCCAGACCGAACUUGUCGAGUUGGAUGAUGUUGCUCUAUGCGAGGGCGCAUUUGUUCAAGGAGGAGUACAUACCUCAACGAUCAGAGACAACAAACUGUGUGUCAGGAGGAUGACGUCCAGUUCUCAAAUUACGUGUCCUACUGUUGUUCCAGGCAUCACUUUUGCUCUGGCUGAGUUUUCAUCAAAGAGAGCCGAUUCAUCAGGUCACGAGGAGACCCCAGGGUCCUCUGGUCCAGGCUGGCAGCUUCUGGCUUUAGAGAGUUUUAGCCAUGAAGACAUGAACUGCCACCAUCACAGUUACACAGUUCAGACAGGAAUAGAAAACUUCCUGAGCUGGAUAAAGAAAAACAUGAAAUAG